AAAUUGGAGUCGACCAUCUUUGCCUCGUAGUUGGAGUCAACCAAUAUCUCAUCUGUCAUUCAAAUCUCACUGAACUAUUCAUUCUUGGGAAAAAGGCGACAGAAGCUGGGUCAUUCCUAUCUGAUUUCCGCAGCAAUCCAGAUCUUCCUAAUCUAUUCUUCAUGUCGUAGCGAGGAAACAAAUAGAUAUCCAUAGUGAAGCGAUGGCCAAAACUGCGCACUUGAGUUCUUACGAGCUUGCAUCGACCCGAGAACUGAAACCGGAUACUUCAGAGAGGGAGACGUUCGACUGCUUCGUUGCUGUUGACGUCGAUGAGAUCUCUCAGCAACUCGUAGUAAACACCAAGGGUCAUUCCAGUUCAAGCCCACGAUUGACGAAGAAGAUUCCUUCAAGAAAAGGAUCACAUGGCAGCGGCGUCGAAAAAGAGAAGAGCAAGACUGUGGAAGGAGAGGAGCUUCCUGGCGCCGAUAAUCGCGCAGGUGGGCACGGAUGGGCCGAGAAGUCGCCUCUUUCGGUACACGUGGCGAUGGAGGGUGAGGCAGUCGGGAUUCCCCGUGCGAUGGCUCCGACACUGGAUGGAGCGAGGUGGAGGCGAGUCGGCGCUCGGCGUCCAACCUCGCGAUGGCUCGACCCAAGCGGAAUCGUUGUCGUCUUCGCCACCUUGUCUUGUAUGGGAACACUGAUACUGCUAUACCUCACACUCUCCAUGGGCAAGAUGAACCGCGGUAAUGAAACUGCCCGGUGAUGUGAUCCUCACCGCCACCACCACGGGGUGAAUUCAGAGCACUAUGUACUGCUCAAAAGACGGAUAUUUUUGACUGUAGUCAUGCUUUGCAUCUUCUCGAUCCUCCCUUAUAACAAAGACAAAAGAACAUGCAGAAGCUGACAAGAAUGAGACUUCUUGAGUCGUAGAUAGAUACAUAGAUAGAGGUAGCUCAGUCAGCAUGUUGUGGGAUAUCACAUUUUCUCUUUUCCACAGAUACUUGGUUUGCUUUCC